GACUCCGACCGCAUCUCUCCUUCUCCGUCUCCAUCGCCGAGAGCAGCGUCUCGCGCUCGCGCUCGCGCAGUCGGCGCGUUCGGUCGAAACCCUAAUAAACCCCACCUCGUCCCCUCGCCCGCGGAACCCUCGUCGCCUUGCCGGGAGGCGGGGUAAAGGGGGUCGCCGGGCGCCAUGGACGCGAUGCGGAAGCAGCUGGACGUGCUCAUGGGGGCCAACCGCAACGGUGACGUGGAGGAGGUCAACCGCAAUUACUACGACCGCGACGUCUGCCGCCUCUUCCUCGCGGGCCUAUGCCCGCACGACCUCUUCCAGCUCACGAAAAUGGAUCUCGGACCUUGUUCCAAGAUUCACUCGCUUCAGCUGCGGAAAGACUAUGAAGAAGCGAAAUCAAAGGGAUCGGAGAAUUUCGAUAGAGAACUUGAGGAUAUGAUAGAAAGGCUCAUUGUGGAGUGUGAUAGGAAAAUUCAAAGGGCGCUGAAGCGCCUCGCGGAUGAGGAUGCCAAGGCUGCAAUUGCAAUAUCUGUUUCUGAGGUUACUCAGACAGACGAGAUACUGCAGCUGUCAAAACAGAUCAAGGAGAAAAUGAAAGAAGUUGAUACCUUUGAUUUUGAAGGGAGAACUGAUGAUAAAAUCAAGGCCCAGGAAUUGGUGGAAGAACUGAGAACUAAAAGGGCUGAUAUGCAGGCUACCCUCUUGCUCGAUGCUUUUAACAAGGACAGAGCUUCAUUACCUCAACCUGCUCCACCUCCUCAAAUAGCAGCAGUGCAACCACCUGCCCCUCCAGAUGCUCGUACUCAAGAAAUGAUUAAUGAAAAGCUUAAGAAAGCUGAAGAGCUUGGUGAACAAGGCAUGGUAGAUGAAGCUCAGAAAGCUUUGGAAGAGGCAGAAGCUCUGAAAAAGUUGGCGCCGCGGCAGGAGUCAGCUUCAGAAUCUUCUAAAUAUACAGCUGUUGAUGUUCGAAUUACUGAUCAGAAACUACGCCUCUGUGACAUAUGUGGAGCAUUUCUGAGUGUAUAUGACAAUGAUCGACGUCUUGCUGACCAUUUUGGAGGGAAGCUACACUUGGGCUACUUGCUGAUUCGUGAGAAACUGAAAGAACUCCAGGAGCAGAGAAAUAAAAGAAGGAAGGACAAAUCUGAAGAUGAUAGACGAUCAAGAGAACACAGCAAGGACCACAAUGGCCGGGCAUCCAGGGAUAGAGAUGCAGAAAGAAAGGACAGGGUUGAGUCUCGAGAAAGUAGAAGAGAUCAUGACAGGGAUCGUGAUAGACGUCACGAUAGGGACCGUCGCCAUGAUCGCGAUCGGGAUAGAGAUUACGACCGCUUUCGUGGCCAUGAUUCAAGGAGAAGGGAUCGUUCUCGAUCCAGGGAGCGCAGGCGCCACGAGAGAUACUGAAUUAUGCUCCAUGGCUGGCUGAUUUUGGAGUGCUCUCGUCUUUCUAAAUGAUAUUGAGUUGUGCUUUGUAUUUUCUGAAAGUUCUAUCUUGUGAAAUCUGAAAGUAUUAUCGCCUUAGUUGUAGGGUUGACGCAGGCAAUCUUGUGCAUUCUGCAUCAUUUUGUACUGUUUAAUAUACAUAUGGUGUGCCAAGAAUAUUCACAUGAAUUCAAGCUUCGUGAAACCUCUUGACAGCUAAAUGAGCGGAGUAAUUUUUGUAUUUAAACGCAUCUGAAAUCAUAAGCUUCUUGUUCCAGUGGA